AUGAGCGACCCACGUCGCAGUCGCCGCCCCGGCAGCUACCAGCGAUGGGACGACGCCGACCCCCGUCGCGACAGACAAGCACGAGACCGAGACGGCGAAAGAGGGGCCCGCGACCCCAGAGAUCGCAGAGGCUACCGGUCGCGGUCGCGCGAGCGCCGUGGCCCCGCAAAUCGCUCCAGGUCCCCCGUCGACACGCGGCCGCAUCGAGAUCGUCGUGGUGACGGGGGCCGCCGCGAGGGGGAGAGGGAGCGAGACGCGUACCGGGCCAGAGAGCAGCAGCGGGACCGCCACGACGAUAGGGACCGCCAUAGCGAUAGGGACCGUCGUGACAGGCGACGGGACGACGCCGACCGAGACAAGGACGCCGACCCUCGCCGCCGCCGCCGCUCCGCAUCCCCUCGAAAAGCCAGCAGCCCUCAGCCUCAGCCUCCCCCAUCCGCCCUCCCCUCUCGCGCCCGCCCUCAAGACGCCAACGACACCAGAGUCGGCACCUCCCCAAACAACAGCCACCACCACCUACACCGCAGCCCGUCCCCUCGAUCCAGCCACCGUCAAACCCCCCCCGCAGCCACGCAUCACGACCCAGGUCGCAAAAGCGCCCUAACCCAGCAGCAAGACGACGACGACGACGACGACGACGAUGAUGACAUCGAGGUCGAUCCGGGCCUCGGCGCCAUGCAAGCUAUGAUGGGAAUUGGUGGCUUCGGCUCCACAAAGGGCAAGAAGAUUGCCGGCAACGACGUCGGCGCCGUCCGCAAGGAGAAGAAGACGGAAUACCGGCAGUACAUGAAUCGCCAGGGGGGGUUCAACCGCCCACUGAGUCCGUCCAGGUAA